GGCACGCAGGCCUCCUCUCAUUUACAACAGACUCACACCAGGAUCUCUCAGACGUUAGAGGAGAAAACAAAUACCCAGAGUCAUGAACAAACUCUCAGCGAAGGUGGCUCCAUGCUCCACACCUCCUCCUGCUGCGCUGCACACACCCUCCACCCCAGAUGCUGACAUGAGCACUGAGGAGUGUGCGUCGGUGCAGGAGUCGGGGCCGAUUGAGCGUCCGUGCCGGUGUCGGCUCAAGGUGAUGUUGCGGUUAGCAGUGGGUGUGGUGCUGGGUGUCGGCAUGGCGACAACGUGGGUGUGGGCAGCUCACAGUGCUAAACAAACUCUCACACACUUCAACGCUCCAUUUUUCAUCUUCUGGUUCUACAGCAUCUGGAACCUGCUGAUGUUCCCUCUGUAUUAUAUCGGAUCCCUGCUGACUAACAGACACAGAGACACGCCCUCUGCCCGGUUCAGGAGGAGUGUGAAGUUCCUGGGCGAUGUGGAGGUGACAGUGAGGGUGUUGUUGAGGUUCUCCGCACCGUUCUCUGUGCUCUGGAGUGUGUCGGGGUUCCUGUUCCUGCGCGCUCUCAGCAGGACGUCAGUGACGGACUGCAGCGCUGUGAUGUGCUGUAACUCUGCCUUCACCUUCCUGCUUACCUGGAUCUGCCUGAAAGAGCGCUUCCUGGGAAUCAGGGUGGUAGCGGUGAUCGUCUCCAUUACAGGCAUCGUGAUGUUAGCGUACUCUGAUGGUUUCUACAGCGACUCGAUCAGAGGCGUGGCUCUGGGGGUCGGAUCAGCCUCCUGCUCGGCUCUGUAUAAUGUGUUGUACAGGAAGCGCAUGGGGACGCUUGAGCCCGGCCCUGCGAGUGUGUUGUUGUGCUGUGUGGGUGUGUGUACGAUUGUGCUGCAGUCCUGGGUGUGUGUGCUGCUGUACGUCACUCAUGUGGAGUUCUGGCCUCCGUCUCAGCCCGUGCCAUGGAACACACUCUGCACCACAGCAUCACUACUGCUCGGGUUUAAUACAAUAGUGUACAUGGGAGGAGUGUGCACGUACCCUGCGCUCAUCUCACUCGGGGUUCUGCUCACGGUUCCAGCCAGCGCAGCAGUGGAUGUGUGGGUGCUGGAGGCUCCGCCCCUCAGUGACAUGCGCUUGGGAGCGAUGGGUUUGAUCUCUGCUGCGUUCAUGCUGCUGCUGUUUCCGGAGGAUUGGGACGAGAAAACUCUGCAGUGGAUCAGUUCAGUGUGGAGUCGAAAAACACUCAACACCUAACACUUCCCCUUAACGCUCAUCGACACUUCCCCUUAACGCUCAUCGACACUUCCCCUUAACACUCAUCAACACUUCCCCUUAACACUCAUGUACACUUCCCCUUAACACUCAUGUACACUUCCCCUUAACACUCAUGUACACUUCCCCUUAACGCUCAUCGACACUUCCCCUUAACACUCAUGUACACUUCCCCUUAACACUCAUCAACACUUCCCCUUAACACUCAUGUACACUUCCCCUUAACGCUCAUCGACACUUCCCCUUAACACUCAUGUACACUUCCCCUUAACACUCAUGUACACUUCCCCUUAACACUCAUCAACACUUCCCCUUAACACUCAUGUACACUUCCCCUUAACGCUCAUCGACACUUCCCCUUAACACUCAUGUACACUUCCCCUUAACACUCAUGUACACUUCCUCUCAAUGUGCAUUAACACUUAAUUCAAUUCAAUUUUAUUUGUAUAGCGCUUUUAACAAUUGGCAUUGUCCCAAAGCAGCUUUACACAAUCAAAAGAAUUAUUUAAGUAUAUAUUAUUUGUAUGGAAUUUGAAUGUGUAUGAACACUUAAUCACUUUUUAUUCUUCAUGACCAAAUGGCUUCUGGUUUUCACCUGUUUCUGUUUAACUACAAAUAAAAAUGUUUAUUUUAUAA